CAAUUUCUCGACUCUCCUUGAUCUGUGGCCGAAAGAAGGCGGAAGGCGGAAGGCGGAGGGAGAAUGGCCACUCCGUCGGUCAUAGCGGAAUGCGCGGCGGCAACAGCGCUGCGGUCUGUUCUCCACCGAGUGCGGCAAGCGGCGGAGAGGUCUGGACGCACGGCGGAGGCUGUCCGCGUCGUAGCCGUUGGCAAGACGAAGCCGGCCUCCCUCGUCCGCCAGCUCUACGACGCCGGCCACCGCUACUUUGGCGAGAACUAUGCACAAGAGUUGGUGGAUAAGGCCCCUCAGCUUCCUUUAGAUAUCAAUUGGCACUUUAUUGGGCAUCUCCAGAGCAAUAAAGUUAAAUCACUUCUAGCUGCAGUACCAAAUCUUCACAUGGUUGAGGGUGUGGAUAGUGUGAAGAUUGCAAACUAUCUUGAUCGUGCUGUUGCUAGCUUGGGAAGGAAGCCUCUGAAAGUCUUGGUUCAAGUAAAUACUAGUGGAGAGGAAUCAAAAUCCGGCGUUGAACCUUCAAGAUGUUUAGAGCUGGCUAGCCAUGUAAAGUCCAGCUGCCCAAACCUUUCCUUUUCAGGCUUAAUGACGAUAGGGAUGCCAGAUUACACCUCAACCCCUGAAAAUUUUAAGACGAUGACAAAUUGUAGGGUCGAUGUGUGCAACGCACUCGGAAUACCAGAGGAGCAGUGUGAGCUAUCCAUGGGCAUGUCUGGUGACUUUGAGCAAGCUAUUGAGAUGGGCAGCACAAACGUGAGAAUUGGAUCGACCAUAUUUGGACCAAGGGAGUAUCCCAAGAAAAAUCAGAGCCAUUGAGGAAUUACACUUGUGUUGUUUAUUAAUGAAUGACUUGCAUAUGUUUGUAAGAAAAAAAAAACUAAAAAGACAUUAGUGAUGAUCAAUAUCCAAAUCCAUUUGUGUUUAUGUAGUGGCAAUUAAUACUAAGAUUUGGAUUAUUAUGAGUUUUA